GCGGCCGUCGGGGAGGCGCUGGCCGCCGCGGCGAAGCGGGGCGACAUGGAUUCCGCGGGCGAGUGGUUCGACCAGGCCCGCGAGCUGGGGCUGAGGCUGGGCAUCCGCGAGCUCAACCUCGUCCUACAGGCCGCGGCGAGUCACCACGACACGCGGGCGGCGGUGCACUGGUUUCAGCGCGGGGAGCUCGAGGGUUACACGGCGGACGUCAGCACCUACAACCACAUGAUUCGAGCUUGUGCACAUCAGGACGACCCGCUCGAGGCCCUGUCCUGGUUCAGGCGUGCCUCGAAGGCCGGCGUGCGGCCGGACUCUAGCACGUUCAACCACAUGAUCGACGCAGUCGGCCGGAGGGGCGACCUCGACGCAGCGGAGAUGUGGUUCCGCGCCGCCGACGAGUCCGGCGUAGAGACCGACAAGGUGAGCUUCGCCACGGUCAUCAACGCCGCGGCCCAGGCCGACAACAUGCCCGCGGCGGAGGCCUGGUUCCACAGGGCCGUGCAGGCUGGCGUAGCGCCGGACCUGGUCAUCUACACCACGCUGAUGUGGGCUGCUGCUAGGGGCAGCGACCGCGCCUCGGCGGAGCGGUGGUUCGACCGCGCGGUGAAGGCGGGCCUGGCCCCCGACGUGUGCGCCUACAACGCUCUGCUGGAGGCCCACGCCCGCUCCGGGGACACGGAGCGCACCGAGGGCUUCUUCGAGAGGAUCCGCGAAGCCGGCCUGGAGCCAGACCACCGCUCCUACAGCGCCCUGAUCAUGGGCCACGCCAGGCGCGGCGACGUGCAGUCGGCCUCAAGGUGGUUCGCCAGGAUGGAGCGCGAUGGGCUGGCUGCCACGGAGGUGCAGUUCAACCAGCUGCUCCGCGCCUGCGCGCAGGCGCAGCCGCAGGAGGUGGAGUUUGCCGAGGAGCUCUUCCGCCGAAUGGUGGCGCGGGGGCUCUCCCCGACGGGCGGCACCCUGAGGAUGCUGCUCUGGGCCGUGGGACCGCAGAGGCUCCUCGACCUGUGCCAGCGGGCCGGCAUCGACCAGAAUGCCGCGCUCGCGCAG